AUGGACUGGACUAGAAAUAAUCAACCAGAAGGUCAGUCUAAUAGGCAGUCAAGCUCUGAUAACAUAUGGAAGAAAAUUUGGGGUCUCCAUAACCCUCCAAAACAAAUUCACCUCAUUUGGAGGAUCUUUCAUAAUGCUCUACCUAUUAAACCCAAUUUAAUUUCUAGAGGAAUCCUAUGUGACAAUCUCUGUCCUAGAUGUCACAAUGGCCCUGAAACCAUGGAGCACAUAUUUUUACACUGUGAGUGGGCUCAUAAAGCUUGGUUUUAUUCCCCACUCACUAUUAACACUAAUUUCAUCAAAGAGCAGAAUUUGUGUGAAUGGUAUACACACAUGCUUACUACUAUUGAUGGAGAAUAUAUUCAAGCAAUCACUAGUAUCAUAUAUAGUUUAUGGCAUGCGAGGAAUCACAAAGUCUUUCAAGGAAAAGAAAUACCUGUUAAAAUAACUGUUGAUAAAGCUCUUCAAAAUUUACACGAGUAUAAAAAACAUUCCAGCAAGCGUAGCCUCAAUCACCAUGCUUCGCCUAUCUCGAACAUUCGUCACAACAUUAAUGGUUGGAGUCCCUCGCCUCUGGCCUACUUAAAACUAAACGUCAUUGCUCAUCUUAGCGAUGAAGGACGUUUGGGGCUAGGUUGA